CAGGUGCGUGUGCGCGCGCUGGCUGAGCGGCGGCCAUGGGCACGAGCCGCCGCACCAAUGUAUUACAGGACUCUUCCAUGCUGCCAGUUUCUUUUAAAGCUCGGCUCGGUGGUUUUUUCAAUAAAAAACCUCGCGGUUAAUUCGAGGUGCUCCCUGUGAGGCGACCGGCCACAAAUGAAAUGUCUUCUGGCGUUUUUCAGUUGCUUUUUAUGCAGAGUUUCCUGUGGAACGCAGGAAUUGGAUGGACAAUCCCAAACCGGAAUUCCUGUUUCAAGGUUGACCUGGAAAGCAAACUGUUCGGACAGCACAUUGCAUCACUUGUCAUCCUGAAAGCUGUGAAUGGAUUCAUGAGAGAUGACAACCCAAAGAAGCCCCUGGUGCUCUCUCUGCACGGGCCGAGUGGAACAGGAAAGAAUUUUGUUAGCAAGCUGAUUGCUGCCAAAAUUUACAAGAAAGGAAUGGACAGCAGCUUCGUUCAUGUGCUUAAUUCUGAACUUCACUUCCCACUUCAAAGUCAAUUUGAGACCUACAAGACUCAGCUACAGCAGCGGAUCAAAGACAAUGUCACAAACUGUGAAUGCUCCAUGUUUAUCUUUGAUGAGAUGGACCAGAUGCAUCCUGGCUUGAUUGACAGCAUAAAGCCGUACCUGGGGUACCACAGCAACCUGGAUGGGGUUUCCUAUCGGAAAGCCAUCUUCAUCUUUCUCAGCAAUGCUGGAGGGGAGAGCAUCACACAGACAGCUUUAGAUUUUUGGAAAGCAGGACGAGAUCGAGAAGAAAUAAAGCUAAACGAUCUGGAAACAGUGCUCUCUUCAUCAGUAUUCAACAGCAACAAUGGCUUGUGGCAUUCAGGUUUGAUUACCAAUAACCUGGUGGACUUCUUCGUCCCGUUCCUGCCUUUGGAGUACCGGCACGUCGUCCAGUGUGUCAUGGCUGAGAUGAAAGCCAAAGGACUUCAUCCAGACCAGAACAUGGCAGACAAAGUGGCCAAAGAUUUGUUGUAUUUUCCUAGAUCUGACAAAGUGUUCUCUGUCAGUGGCUGCAAGACGAUAUGUACAAGAUAUCACAACUACAUCUAAUGAUAACAUCUGAUGGAUGCAUAUGAUUAUUAUGUGCACUUUUUUUUUUAUCAAAGAAAACACUUUCAGCCAAAUGACUGAGGAGAGGAAGUCAAUAUUGUAAAUAUAUAUCCUUACAUUGGACUGGAAUAAUUAUCCUUUAAAAUUUAGGCCUACAGCCUACCUGUAGUUUGUUUAGCUGGUGGGCGUGUGCCCAUGUUUGUCCAGGGCAGGGAUUGGUCCAAUGUUUAUGUGUAGGUGUAGUAAUUAA